AUGGACCGGAGCAACAUGUUCUCUGCCAAUCUCGACCACCAGCCGCUGAGCGCACCCGAUGCUCCCGCACAUCCACUCUCGCCUCCGCCGUCGGAGCAUGCCGGCAGCGUCCCACCACCAUACCCCAUGAACACAUCUUCCACCGCCAACAUGUCUUCUACAAGUUUCAUCAAUGGUCUCCUUCACGAUAAGGAUGCCCUCUUCAACGAGAAGAACCAGAUUGUGUCCCGCAUGUUCGAUGAGAAGCACGAACUACUGAAAGAGAAGGACGAAGCUGCGAAGCUCUACGUGGAUGAGAAAGCUCAGCUCGCGGCAACGAUGCAUAGUCUCUCCAAAGAUCAUUAUGAACAACUUCGCGCCAAGGACGUGGAGAUCCUGAAGCUGAAGGAGGAGCUCGCUAACAAGAACGAGCGCAUUCGGGGUCUGGCAAAUGCCUUGCAAGGCUACCUCGAUCGUGAUGCUCAAGAAGAGGAGGAAGACGAAGAGGCUGAACUUCAGGCGAACGAUGUUAACAAGAUCCACAGAGAGCCCACAGUCGACCCACUCGACGACGUCGGUCUUGGGCGCCGAUUCAGUGAUGAUCGACCUUAUGAGAAACGCAAGCUCACCCUGGAGACACAUACAGCCCGUCUGGGACCGGAUGUGCGCAAGGAGGUGUCAAGGGACCCGGAGCAUGAGAAGAUGCUUAAGAAGCUUGCUGAGGCCAAGAAACUCAAUGAGAGCCGUCCGAAGUCAGCCACUUGGGCUACCAGAUUUGACAGUAACGUUGGUGAUCGGGCCAUGGACGAGCUUCAGAAUGGCAACAAACAACCAUAUAACAUGGCUGCUUGGAGCACAGAUGCUGAUCCACCGGCGACGCAACCGAGACGCGAUGCACUCGCUGCUCCAGAGCUGUUUUCAUCCGCACUCGAGCAAACUCCCCUGUGUGGCUCCAAUGUGGGGAUGGUCGCCAGCUCAAAGGCAGAAGUCAUCACCAUGUCUUCUGAUGAUGGGUCGUCUGACGCUAGCAUCCCGAUCAGCGACACCUCUCGAGUUGAUGCAAUCCGUUCAAUCGAACGUUCUCCCACUCUUAGCGAGAUCAUUGUUCAAGCACCCACGACCGCGGCUGGUAAUUUCGAGAUAACGAAAGAGUUAUCAGACGACGUCUUGAGCAGGCUAUCAUCGCCACCAGCAGACAUUGCAGCGGCCUUGAUGGAGGACAACACGCCAGCCAACGAUGCCUACGACGAGCUGAUUACCUACGCCUCCAAGACCUUCCCUGGCCAGGUCUGGAAGCCCGUUAGGUCCAUCACUUCGGACGGCGAUUUUGAGCUAGGCCGACUGAUAGAUGUGUCGUCGGAUGUCUCCGAGUCCAUCCAAUCUUCUCUGGAAUACUACGAGGCUCGACGUCGUCGGCUAACUCUGCCCCAAGAGCCCAAGUCGAAUGAUAUCAAGUGUUGCGGACAUACUUGGAUGAGUGGCUGUGGAAGUAGUACAUCGUGGACCGCCUGCGGCUCCAAGAAGUAUGCAUGCAGGACAUGCUUCAAUCGCCGCCGCGCUUGCUUUCUGUGGCAGGGCAAUCACCAGUGGGCAGUGCUACCGCUUCCACCAGACACCCGCGAUCCUGCCGCCACUCAUAAAGACGCUGGAUUCUAUAUCAUGGCAAAGGGCUUCAAAGACAAAGCGAAUGAUUUCCCAGGCGUGUGGAGGGAGAGCAAUCAUGACUCCAGGAACAGGAAGCGAUCUGCAUCGGCAGAGUCACAGUAG